AUGUCAAAUUCAGAACGUGCAACAGAAAGCGACAUACCGAAAAAGAAUACCGAUUACAAUUUACAAAUUAAUCGAUGGUUUCUAAAAGCAAUCGGUGCUUGGCCACAAAUAGAUGAAUCGAGCUUAGUGUGGAAAAUUUUGAUAUUACUACAAAUUUUUAUUUGUUCGAGCAUAGUAGCAUCCAACAUGAUACCGUGUUUAUUGUAUGUGUUAUUUGAGAAAAAGAAUAUCAAACUAAAACUGCGUGCUUUUGUGCCAUUGCUUCAUAGAAUUAUGGGCUCGAUAGAUUAUUGGGUACUACUUAAGCGUAAUGGUGAAAUUCACAAAUUAAUACGACAUAUAGAGGAAGAUUGGUGUCUCAUACAGGAACUCAAUGAUCGUAAAAUAAUGCUACAACAUGCCAAAUUUGGUCGUUUCGUUGCUAUAAUUUGUGGGAUAAUGAUGCAGAGUGGUUGUAUACUGUACAGCUUAGGACAAUUGAUGCAAACUAUUACCAUCACCAUCGGUAACGAAACUUUUACAUCGCGUCCGACGGCAUGCCCGACUUACAGUAAAAUUAUCGAUACGAGAUUUAGUCCUGUAAAUGAAAUCGCGUUGAUUCUGCAAAACCUAACAAUGGUAAUAAUGACUACCUCUACUGUCGGUGCUUGUAGUCUGGCUGCUGUCUUCGCGAUACAUGCUUGUGGUCAGUUGAAUGUGUUGUACGCGUGGCUAAAUGAACUAGUUGAAAACCAGACGAAGAGAAAUGAUAAAGCUGAACGGAAACUGGCUGCUAUCGUAGAACAUCAUCUGAGAAUAUUGAGUUUUAUAUCGGAAGUGGAAAGUAUUAUGAAUAAAAUUUCUCUUGCGGAAUUAAUUGGAUGCACGAUGGUCAUGUGCUUUCUUGGAUAUUAUGUUAUUAUGGAAUGGGAAACACUUGAUACAGUGAAAAUAACAGGUUACCUUUUUGUAUAUUUAUCAAUGGGUUUCAAUAUUUUUAUAUUCUGCUACAUCGGAGGAAUUGUCACAGAACAGUGCAAACUUGUCGGUGAAAUGGCAUACAUGACUGAUUGGUAUAAUCUACAUCAUACAACUGCACGUGGUCUUAUUCUGAUUAUUGCCCGAUCGAAUAACGUAAUUAAGAUCACAGCAGGAAAGAUAUUCCAUUUAUCCAUUGCAACCUUUGGUGAUGUAAUUAAAAGUUCUAUGGUAUACUUAAAUAUUUUGCGAACAAUGACUGUGUAA